AAUAGCCCCCGGCUCUAGGGCGGGAGCCAAGCAAGGCCCGCAAGCAGGCAUGGGUGCCGUCAAAAGGCAAAUUAUCUCUAACAAUGCAGCAGCGAGUCAACGCUGUUGUAUGAAGGCUGCCUGGCAUGUUUAUGAAAGUAUUGGCACUGUUUGCAUACCCAAGUCAGGCGGUGCAUGAUGUGCUCCGUCAACACUAUCUACAGCCGAAUUUGGUUGUCGCUCGCUCCCCUCGGUCCGGCUAUCAAACCAUUCGCAUGCAAUUCGAGUAUUUCCAUUCCCCAACUCCUGGGUCUAUUGUCUGUAUGAUGCUAGCUAUAAGCAGCCGGAAAGGGGUCUCACAUUUCUGCUGUUUCUGCAAUUAUGAAGGGCAAAUAUAUCUGUCUUCCGGGAGGGCCUGCAGGGUCCGAGUUAGUGGCUUUAAUAUUGCACUAGUGCUUGUUUUUUUUUCGUCUGCAUUUUGUCGGCACACCCCGUGGGUCUUCGUGACGUCGAUCCAUUCUUUCACGCAAAGUCGCUACCAAGUCUGUAUACUGACUCGAGGAAGACGUUCGCUCAGCACUGAUGCUUGUUUGACCUACGGUUCUGACUUGUCCUAGGUUCAUUUACAAACCUAGUCAGACCUCGUCUGCGUCUGCAACGAUGCCUCAACGUUUCUCCGAAGAUGAAUGAUAACGUUGAAAAGCGCAGUUGUGGGGCUUGUUCUCAUGCUUCAGUCUGUGGAUGGGGGGGAACACUCGGAUGGCGCAAUGGAGGAGUCUCCGCUUAGCUUCCCUCCUUCGACAAUGCGCUAGUCCAUGGCCAUCGCGGUAUCUGCGCCGAAUGGGGACCAAAGCUGCAUCCUUCCCCUGUCCUGGGGGACGGCCACAACCGCU